AUGGGACAUAAGAAAUUCGGACAUACGAGUGAAUCUCAAGUCACAAAUCCCGAGACCGCCGAAUUUCAGGUAUUUCCUAGAAGUAGAAUUUGUCCUGAUCGAAGUAUAUUUGAAGACCUACUCGAGAAUGAACCGCGAAGCAGCUGAAAGAGACACAAUGUACGACGAGGUGAGUCUGAAGAAGAAAGAUAUGAUUUCUAUGAUAAAUGCAGAAUACGCAGAAUAUAAAUGCAGAAUAUUUUGUGUUUCUCACAUUGAAAUUUCUUUUUCAUCUUUUUUUCAUGAAGAAAAAGCUUCAGUUAAUGAAAUAAAUUAUCCACGGAUAGUUUUCAACAAAUAACAACAGAAAAAAACUUUGAGGACGAUUUGAACGACCGUGUGGCGCGAAUCGCGACGCGAGACAGAGCCUCUGAGAAAAUGGGCCAACUUCUUCUCCGCGGCUUCACCAUGUUGGACGCCAGUUGCGACACUUGCCAUGUCAGCCUUCAUCGUCUCUUUUUUCAUCAAAGCAAAACUGUCAUGGAAGAUUCUUUGAUUCCAGACAGUACUGAUGGAGAAGGGCGGCGUGAGACUGUGUGUCAAGUGUGAGAUGGACAGAGAAACGAGUGGCGGCUCUCGGAUCGUCAGCGAAGUUCCUCUCGGUGAAAAUAAUCCGAUCCUUGAAUCUUCAUUUUGCUCUUUUGCAGAUGUCGGCUCUUCGAAAAAUCCAGUUGCCAUUCCGAAACAGACUGUCAGAAUAGAGGUUUCCCCAUUUCUUUAUAUUCAUUGAAGUUUUUUUUUCAAGUCAAUUCAAAUUAUUUUAAAUGUUUAUAAGAGAAAGGAUUCCGAAGAAAAAAAGGUGAUUCCUUAUCAAUAAGGAACUUAAUUUAGAGUAGAAGGAGAAUCAUCGCUCUCAGGAGAAAAAAGACUUGCCUGAAAGUUUGUCUCAUGCCCUUGGAUGCGGAAUAAAAAUGUUCAAUUGAUCUUGUUAUCUGCAACUUCUGAGCCGAGAAACGUAUUAUUACGUUGAGGCUGUCUGUAAAAUCUUAUCAUUGCAGCCUUCGUUUGAACUGAGCAUAUAUUCUAUAGAAGUUUCUUGCUGUUCAAGAUACUGCCAAGAUAUAUAGUACUAGUAGAAACGGCCUUUCGUCUCUAGAUCCUCAUAAAAUGCCGAUUAUAACUUUAAAUUUAUACUUCGCGUUAAAUCGCAAACCGCUACUCCCUGACGUCAUCCCUAUGACAUCAUCUUCAUUUACAAAAAUUCGCACACGCAGCCAUAUCAUUUUAUUCAUUUUUUUACGUUCCAAUUUAUAAAUUAGAUUCGACGUGAAAAACUUUUCCGGUCACAUGAGAAGCAGAAAAGAUAUCACACUUGAAAAUCCGCUUUUGAUUGGAAACUUUUUUUUUAUUCUUCUAUUUUCUUAUUUUUUUUAGAAACCUUUUGAAGGUUUGGAAUAUUCCUUGGCCCACGCUUACGCACAGUGUGCUCCUUUAAAUUUUUUUUUCUUUUUUUGGGAAAUACAUUUCACAGAUUUUUUCGCUACGCGUAUCAAGUUUGCAAAUCGUUUAGAGCUACCUGAUAGUGUUAUUAGUGUCCACGGUUAGAAACUAAAUGCCUUCUAUGUCAAGUAUUCAUUUAUUUGACGAAUUUUUUUCACUGUGGCUCAGUUUUUUUUCGAAGCGAGCCACAGUCGGCUUCGCGCUAUGCGCGCUCCGCCUCCGUGUGAAGCCUUAAAAACUAAGCCUAUUUUUCUUAAGUAAUGCAUGAACAUGUAGGUGCAGUUUUAAUGCAAAGGCGCAAUUCAGGCCCUUCCCAUUCUUCAAUUUUUUCAAUUUCAAUUUCAAUUCAAUUCAUUCAGUCUUCAGAGUAAGAUGAAGAAAAAUCUCUGCUGAAUCAUGGUAUAAUGGAAGAGUUAGUCGUCGGCGCGGGUUACGGUCCACAAUUGUUGUCCAAUACGUCCCGGAGUGACAGCUAGCGUUGGGAAAUAAUUUUUGGCCCGUUAGUAGUACCAGCGAAUAAACUGCUUCACCAUGUUGGAACAGUACGGCGCCCAGCUUGUCCAGGGCUGACGGGCGUCGGAAUAUUAUCCCAUGAGAGAGCGGCAAAGAGACCGACCAGUCGACGUGUUGAAAUGAGAUAAUAAUAAUCUACUGAAUCAUGUUCACGUGAAUAAAAUGAAUAUAUAGCCAAAUAUUUCAAUUACGCUUAUUUCUUGUGUUACGAAUGAUGUCAUGAAAUGACGUCAGGGAGUAGCGGUUUGCGAUUUAACGAAAACUUUUUUGAAAUACUCUCACGUGUUUGUCGAAAAUUCUCCUGAUUUACAAGAAAAGUGUGUGAGGUGAACAUCGCAUAUCUGGUCCAAAGUUUGGGGUAGAUAGUCCUAGGUAUGAGUACUCGGAAAUGAAAAAAAAUAUUUGCUAAGCGUCUCGGGGUACUGAGAAAUAGCCUGUCGAAAGUGUACUGAAAAAGCUCAAAAACAGAUUUUCGACUUCCAAAUUGUCUACUAUCAUUCACUAUAUUCUAAGAAACACGAGAAAACAACCUUUUCUUCAGAAAAACCAAAGAAUUUGAACGAGAAAACAACCUUUUCUUCAGAAAAACCAAAAAUUUGUUUUCAAGCUCUUCCUGUACUUUUCCACUAGGCUAUUUCUCAGUACCAUAUGCCGCUUAGCAGAUGUUUCAUUUCAUUUUCCAGUACUCAUAUUAGGACCACCUACCGCAGAAGUUUGGACCAGACCUGCGAUUUUCACUUCACACACUUUUUAGUUAGAUAUCGGUACUUCAUAAAAUAUUUGUGUAACCGAUUUAAGGCAAGGGUGACGGAUGCUCCGAAAGACUGGGCGACGGCGGUCGAAGUAGAAGAUCCUCCGGUCGAGCCGCGGCGGCUCAACUACCAAGCUCUGCGCGCCUCAACAAGCAGAAGUCAACCUAGAACUGCACAUCAGAGUAUUGCAGCUGUAAGUUGAAGAUUCAAUUUUUUGGGAGCAAGAUUUAGGGGAAGGUCAUGAUAAUCAUCACUCGUUGAGGAAAAAAGGAAACGUUGCCGGAAAGUUUGUCUCAUAACCUGAAUGGCCUAAUAUACAUACAUUUUCAAUUUAUUUUAUUUCCUGCAACUUAUGAACCGAGAACAAUAGAAUAUCAUCCACAAUAUUGUUACAAACUCACAUGUCUGGAGUUUCAGAAACCCCCAAAAGUUCUUGAAAUCGCUGAGCAAGCGACAGAGGUGCUCAGCCGUAAGAUGCAGAAGGUAUUGGCCGAUUUGGAGGCGUCCGAUUCCAAUUCAGAGGUCAUCGAGCUCGCCUCCGUCCUCAAUUCUCUUGUUUUCACUUUAACGUGUAUUGAAUCUUUGAAAAAACCAUCCCAAUAG